AGAGAGAGAAAGAGAGAUAGAGAGAGAGAGAGAGUUUUGACAAUGGCUGACGGUGACGUGAAGCUCGUGGGCGCAUGGCCAAGCCCGUUCGUGAUGCGGGCGAGAAUCGCCCUAAACAUCAAGACCAUCACCUACGAGUUUCUCCAAGAAACGUUUGCACCCAAAAGCCAACUCCUCCUCCAAUCCAACCCUGUCUACAAGAAAAUCCCAGUUCUCAUCCACGCCGACAAACCCAUAUGUGAAUCCCUCAUUAUCGUCCAAUACGUCGACGAGAUCUGGACCUCCGGUCCCUCAAUCCUCCCUUCCGACCCUUACGAUCGCGCCAUCGCCCGCUUUUGGGCUGUCUACAUCGAUGAUAAGUGGUUUCCGGCUUUAAGUGGAAUACAAAAAGCUGAGAGUGAGGAAGCGAAAGCGGCGGGGAUAGAGCAAGUCAAGGAUGGAUUGGUGUUGCUGGAAGAAGCUUUCCAGAAGUGUAACAAAGGGAAGAAGGGUUCUUUCUUUGGUGGGGAGAGGAUUGGGUACCUUGACAUCGCAUUUGGUUGUUUCUUGGGUUGGCUCAAGGUGACUGAGAAGUUUAAUGGAGUGAAGUUCUUGGACGAAACUAAGACGCCUGGUUUGGUGGGUUGGGCUGAAAAAUUCUGUUCGGAUCCGGCGGUGAAGGAUGUGAUGCCGGAAACGGAAAAGCUGGCGGAAUUCGCUAAGAUCUUGCAUGCCAGGUCCAAGGCUGCUCCGCCCAGUUAAAAAGAGAUCUAAUCUUCACAUUAUGAUUAG